AAUUUGCCCAGCCCAAUACUCUACUCCUCUUCCUCCCCUCCAAAUUUUCUUUUAGAACUUUCUACAACACCAAAAAAAACAAAAAAAUGUAUUCUACUCAUGUCUCCUCCUUUAUCUCCAUUCCAUUUCCUCCAUUAAAAUCAAGAACUCACAAACACAAAUACUCUAAAAUUCUAUGCAACUCAGCUCCAAAAAUGUCACUUAACCAAAACCCAAAUACUAACCUCAUAAACACCAUUACUAAGCUCCUAUGGGGUCAAUCACUACCCCCACAGCUCCUCAUCUCCACCGUCCGUUCAACCUGGUCCUCCACGUGGCAGCUCAUGAUGUCCCAGCUUGCUCCAUCAGACCCAACCGGAUCCUACACCCGACCCACUUCUCAAUUUCGCUUACACUCCAACCCCAAAUUGAAAUUCUCCCCGAAAGACCUUCACCUUUACGUGGGCCUUCCAUGCCCGUGGGCACACAGAACUCUCAUUGUUCGAGCUCUCAAGGGUUUAGAAGAUUCCGUAACCGUUUCAAUUGCUUCUCCGGGUAUCGACGGGUCUUGGGAAUUCCGGGUUUUUUCUGACCCGGAUAAGGAUAAGCUUGUUCCGGGUUUGGAUAUAGCGAAUGGGUGUAAAACCCUGAGAGAGGUUUAUAAGCUGAGACGCGAUGGUUAUAGUGGUCGAUCAACUGUACCAAUGUUGUGGGAUAUGGAGAAAAAGGAAGUUCUUUGUAAUGAGAGUUAUGAUAUUAUUGAGUUUUUCAAUUCGGGUUUGAAUGGAAUUGCAGGUAAUCCUGAAUUGGACCUUUCACCACCAGCAUUGAAAGAUGAGAUUCGAAAGUGGAAUGAUAUAAUCUAUCCAAACGUUAACAAUGGCGUGUACAGGUGUGGAUUUGCACAAAGUCAAGAAGCAUACAAUAAGGCAGCAGAAGGGUUGUUUAAAACAUUGGAAAUGCUUGAGGAUCAUUUGAGGGGAUCAAGGUAUUUGUGUGGGGAUGUUUUGACACUUGCAGAUGUAUGCUUGUUCACUACUUUGAUUCGGUUUGAUGUGGUCUAUAAUGUCCUCUUCAAAUGCACCAAGAAGAAGCUCAUUGAAUUCACCAACCUCCAUGGAUAUCUCAGAGACAUUUAUCAGAUACCAAAGGUUGCAGAAACUUGCAAUAUGGGCCAAAUAAUGGAAGGUUACUACAAGAUUCUAUUCCCAUUGAAUCCAGGGGGCAUUAAUCCCAUUAUGCCUAGUGGUUGUGAGGACGAAGUGCUCUCCAAACCUCAUAAUAGACACUCCUUGUGUUUGGAGGCUGUUUCUUGAAUUUAAAUGCAAGGAUAUUCCACAUUCUGCUAUGGACGAGUCCGUUAUUUUUUUUGUGUGUGGUGUUGUGUAUACACUUGUAUGUACAAAUUGUAUAUAUAGAGUUCGACUGUCCUCGUUGUUGACGUACUCCUUUUAUAUCAACCGGCAAUCCUAUAAAAAUAUGGGUACAGUUCUUUUC